AUACGUCAUCAACGUGCGACAGACCCGCGUGUGUAAAGUAUCUGCAGGAAACCGAGGCUGAGGGUUUUUGUUUUAUUUACUUUUUUCUAAUCCGUUUUCUUUUUUUAUUCUCUGUUCAUUUAGCUGCUUGUGAAGCCUUGAUGUUUUUUUUAGCUGUAGUUUGGUCGCGGUGUGUCACGGUGAGCUCACAGGACCCGAGUUUAUGAGUUUCUCCGUUUAACUGAACUGUUUUCCUCCUGUUUAUCUGCGCCUCGUCGCUGUCUUGGAGAUGAAUGUAGACAUACAGCUCUCAGAGAAGAGCUCCAGCUGUGAAGAGCAGCCGCAGAAGCUCCAGCAUGUGGACUCUGUGUCUGAUAUGAUGGAGCUGCUCAAUAUUGAUGUGGAAUUGGACUCCAGUUCCGCUAACCGAGAGGAAUCUGCUCUGAUCUGCUCUAAGAAUGUCAUGAGAAAGCAGCGGAACUGGGAGAGAAGGCUGGAGGCAAAGAAAAGCAAAAGAAAAGAGGAAAAACUCAGGAGGAGGCAGAACCAGCAAGAAAAAGACGUGGACCCACAGUUUAGUAAACGUGUCCUCAAGGCAAUCACCAAGGAGCGACUAGAGGAGGCCAGAACAAGUGGACCAAGACUAUGUGUUGAUCUGAGCAUGACUGACUGCAUGUCACACAAAGAGAUCAGUCGUCUUGCCGGUCAAAUAAGAAGACUCUAUGGGUCCAACAAAAAAUCCUUGCAGCCUUUCCAUCUCUUUCUGUCUGACCUAAAAAAGGAUGGUCUGCUUUACAGGGAAUGCAUCAGAAUGAAUGAUGGCUUUCUCAACUACAUGAUAGAUGUCACUGAAGAGAGCUGGAUAGAUUUAUUUCCCUCCCAAGACAUUGUUUACUUAUCUCCAGAUGCAAGUGAAGCUUUAGAGCGAGUUGAUGAAGACAAAGUCUACAUUCUUGGAGGUCUUGUUGAUGAGAGCAUUCAAAAGAAAAUAAGCUACACAAGAGCGAAAGAGCUUGGUGUUUACAUGGCGAGGCUGCCCAUUGAUGAGUACAUGGUGAAGAAACCCAACCCCAAGAACUUUCACUCGAAAAUUCUAGCCAUCAAUCAAGUGUUUGAAAUCCUGCUGAAGUUUCGUGACACUGGAAAUUGGAUCACAGCCCUUGGUGCGGGGAUUCCAGCAGGGAAAGGAUAUGUGGUGUCUUCUGAAGCUGUACAACGAUGACCAUUGAUGUGCACUAGUCACAUACAGUACAGGCCAAAAGUUUGGACACACCUUAUCUUUUUCAUUUCAUGAUUUACAUUAAUUUACAUUGUAGAUUCUCACUGAAGGCAUCGAAACUAUGCAUGAACACAUGUGGAGUUGUGUACUUAACAAAAAAAGGUGAAAUAACUAAAAAUAAUUAUAUUCUGGUUUCUUCAAAAUAGCCACCCUUUGCUUUGACUACUGCUUUGCACACUCUUGGCAUUCUCCCAGUGAGCUUCAAGAGGUGGUCACCUGAAAUGGUUUUCCAACAGUCUUGAAGGAGUUUCCAGAGGUGUUUAGCGCUUGUUGGCCCCUUUGCCUUCACUCUGUGGUCCAGCUCACCCCAAACCAUCUGGAUUGUGUUCAGGUCAGGUGACUGUGGAGGUCAGGUCAUUUUUUGUUAAGUACAAAACUCUACAUGUGUUCAUUCAUAGUUUAGAUGCCUUUAGUGAGAAUCUACAAUGUAAAUAGUCAUGAAAAUAAAGAAAACGCAUUGAAUUAGAAGGUAUGUCCAAACUUUUGGCCUGUACUGUACCACGAGGGACACAUGCAAAGUCAUGCAUAACUCUUUUAAAGGAACUAGCACAUAUUAUGCAUCCAAAGGAAACCUUACUCCUUAAGCUGAGUAGAAGAUUUUAUGUGAAUUGUAUAAGAAUGCUGAAUUGUAUAUACAAUACUGAAAAGACACUGUACAUUUAUGAAUGUACCAACUUAAGUGAUUAACUUGUUGAUGAUAUGCUGACUAGAUAUUUAUUUUCAGAACUGCAGUUUGAAACCAGAAUGUAAUCUUUUAUGAUACUGUAUUGACAUUGUCAUUAAAUCUCUUUAUUUACUACCAUUUUAAAA